AUGGACUCUACUCGAGAAGAACUCCAGGAAUCCCCUGAGAUUGAUGUUCCUCCUCCCGCCAAGCGUAGCGCAGAAAUGCCAAUGCUCUGGGACGAGGGCCAUCGCAGUUUGAUUGACGCCUGUGUCAGGCACAAAUCGCUGCUUGAGCUCUUCCUACAGCUCAGUAGGUUAGCCGACGUCCUUGAUGGGAAUCAAACCAUGAAGGACAACGACUUUCCUGUUUUCUCGACUGUCAACGCUCUGCGCAACUAUGACUGGACUAUGUGUGAAUUAUUGCACAGCAUGUCGGUUGAAGUGGUGCAGAGCAUUGUCAAGAAUACCUUUGCCUUUGACGUGACGAACGGCAACAUCAAGCCAUUUCGUCUGCCCUCAGUGCUCCACGAUGAAAAGACUCCUGGGGUUUACGUCGUUGGUAUAAGGAUAAAGGAUCGCGAUGGCCAAUUCUUGAACAUCAACGAAUUGGAGGUCCUAAUCCGUGAUAUGAAGCUAUACGUCGAAGGGUACGAAGCCUAUGCUAGACAUGGUGGGUGGACUUCCGCUAACAUGACGGUGGCGGAGCGUAGAGCCAUCAACAUGGUCAAUGCUGUUGACAGUCACAGUGGAUCACAGAGAGUCCAGAGUGACGGUCCCAUGUUCAUUGAAAAGGAUGAAGAAGUUCCCAGGAUCAGGGCCCUUAUCAGCACAUUCGAGGGGAUGUGUGAUAGGAGUCUUGAUCCAACGGGACGAGUUUACAUAUCGCAGAGCCCCCUGUACGUAGGGUGCUCUAAGGAUCUGAAUAAACGUAUGGGCGUAUACAAUAACCGUAACGUCAAAAACAUCAAUAAGCCCCUUGCGCUCACCAUUUGCAUUCUUAGGAAGCACACCAGAUCGCCAGAGCUGGUAACUGGGUGCGUUCUGAGAAUUCUCAGAAGCAGGCAGCUACCCAUGGCAGAGCAGCUAGUUUGCACAAUCGCUGGAUCCCUCGUCUAUCAGCACGGCUUCAAUGCUGUGGAGACCGGAGGUACAGGAUACCAAAACUUGCCAACCGAUGCAGGCCUGAAAGACAACAUAAAGUACAUCAUAUGUGGUACUCAGGUCAUGAUCAGUAAUCUGAAAGAAAGCCUUGGAGAGAUUGAUCUGCGAAGACGAUUCCUCCAUCAUCUAGACCAAGUUUCAGGUGAAAUCAUACGUCUGAAAGAGAUCUUGAAACGUUGUGAAGAUGAAAUUCAAGAUCUACCUUCUGGCGUAGACUUCGACCAGGUCUUGACCGACAUCUCUGCUAUUGUGCAAAGUGUGAGGCUCAACCUGAAGGAUAAACGAGAGGCCUUGAAGUUCUGGCAAUUAAUGCUAGAAAUUCAGGACAUCAUCGUUGACGAAACCGGUGUGGGAGUACACCUCAUUGACCAUGAUAUGGCCAAUAAGGGUAAUUGA